CACUCGCAGUGACGGUGGCUCCACGACAGGCGACCAGCGCUUUCCUCCUGGACUCCGGGGCCGCCUCCUGCAGGCAGCUGCUCGGUCCAUGCAGAGAGCACAGCCAGGCGCACAGCCACGGAGCGCAUGACCAGAGAUUCCCCGGAGCCCUGACUCCCCAGGGAGCAACAUCUGGCGGCAUGAACGCAAGCGCCGCCUCGCUCAACGACUCCCAGGUGGUGGCAGUGGCGGCGGAGGGAGCGGCAGCUGCGGCCACAGCAGCAGGGGCGCCGGACACCAGCGAAUGGGGACCCCCGGCAGCAUCGGCAGCGCUGGGAGGCGGCGGUGGACCUAACGGGUCACUGGAGCUGUCUUCACAGCUGCCAGCAGGGCCGUCAGGACUACUGCUUUCGGCAGUGAAUCCCUGGGAUGUGCUGCUGUGUGUAUCGGGGACCGUGAUCGCAGGCGAAAAUGCGCUGGUGGUGGCGCUCAUCGCGUCCACUCCCGCGCUGCGCACGCCCAUGUUUGUGCUCGUGGGCAGUCUGGCCACUGCCGACCUGCUGGCGGGCUGUGGCCUCAUCCUACACUUCGUGUUCCAAUAUGUGGUGCCCUCGGAGACUGUGAGCCUGCUCAUGGUGGGCUUCCUAGUGGCCUCCUUCGCCGCUUCAGUCAGCAGCCUGCUUGCCAUCACAGUGGACCGUUACCUGUCCCUUUACAACGCACUCACCUAUUACUCGCGUCGGACCCUGUUGGGCGUGCAUCUCCUGCUGGCAGCCACCUGGACAGUGUCCCUCGCACUGGGGUUGCUGCCCGUGCUAGGCUGGAACUGCUUGGCCGACCGCUCAUCCUGCAGCGUGGUGCGCCCCCUGACCCGCAGCCACGUGGCGCUGCUCUCCACUUCCUUCUUUGUGGUCUUUGGCAUCAUGCUGCACCUGUACGUGCGCAUCUGCCAGGUGGUCUGGCGCCACGCCCACCAGAUCGCCUUGCAGCAGCAUUGCCUAGCGCCGCCCCACCUAGCAGCCACUAGAAAGGGAGUGGGAACUCUGGCUGUGGUGCUAGGCACGUUCGGGGCCAGCUGGCUGCCCUUUGCCAUCUAUUGUGUGGUGGGUAGCCAAGAGGACCCGGCCAUCUACACCUAUGCCACCCUGCUGCCCGCCACCUAUAACUCUAUGAUCAAUCCCAUCAUCUAUGCCUUCCGCAACCAGGAGAUCCAGCGUGCCUUGUGGCUCCUGUUCUGUGGCUGUUUCCAAUCCAAAGUGCCAUUCCGCUCCAGGUCCCCCAGUGAGGUCUGAAGGGCUUCUCUGUGUCCCCUCACCAACACCACAAACCCAACAUGCCAGCCUUUGGUGAGCUUCUAGGUACCUGCUGAUGAACUCCUGAGAUCUCAGUGGUGUGAAUCUGACUCUACAGGACACAAGGGACUGGGCGUGAACACAACAAACUCACUCGGACAAAGAGGCUUGUUGGCACUUUACAUAUACAGUGUAUACACAUGUACAUAUAUAUACAAGUAUUUGUGUCUUCUGGAGGUGGUCAGGACCUGGAGCUUCCUGUUCUGUGAAAAACCAACAAACAAGAUGUGGUUGUAUACUCAAUUGUACAUCACAUUUGUCAAGUGAAGACAUUCCAAUACUGCUUAAUAAUAGCACUUUAUUUUUAGCUGCUGAAAUGCCAAAACAGUGUUGCCAUUUCCAUGAGCAGGAGAAUGGGAGUCAAAGAUGUAUUUUUGUUGUAUGUGAUAGAAUAUUUUGCUGCACAUGCAUUGAUAAACUACAACAUAUUUUGUACACAAAUAAACACAUUAUACGAAAUAUAA